AUGCUGGAAGACGAAAUAGACUAUGAUAACGGCACUAACAAGGUUGUGGAGUUUGACUUCCCUCUUCCUCUUAACAACAUUUCCCAAGACUUUACCAAGCGACAUUCUGACUUAGCAAGAAUCCUAGAUAUUCCCCAAGAUGACGAACAUCUCGACUUUGUCUUUUCCACAGUAGUACUGCUCUGUGAUCCCUUUACCCAGCCGGAGGAAAAUGAGAACACCAUCUUGAGUGUCGAUUGCGUGGCUGACUUGGUCAUAGCUCUAGCUUACACUAAAACACCCAAGCCACGUGUAAAUAUUGAGUCUAUCAAGUUUGAGCUUUCUGUGCAAUUUUUCACUAUUGUUCGUAGAAUUCAUACAGCAUUGAAUGCAGAAGAUGAGCUCGACCUUAGAUAUGUCAACAACGAUGAGGACCACGACAUGCAGAACAUCCCCUUGUGGACACCUAAAGAAGCUCUUCAAGGCGAAGAGUUCAAUUUGAAGCUUGUUUACGCUGUAGCUUGUGUUUUACUACUAGCCAUAUACAAGCUCUUUAAACCUAGAGAAGGCGGAGAGUACAAUCUUACACUCAACCCGUAUUUGCAUUACUUCCUUAGACUCUGGAAGUGCCAUACCAACGUUAUUCUACUCGGUCUAGAAAUAGAUAGACGUCUUGAGUUGUUCCGUAGUCAUCACGAGGAUGCUAGCGAGGAAACGCCAGAAAUCGUAAAACAGACUUUAAAGGGCUCAAGUGCAGUUCGUUACGUUCUUGCCUAUAUUAUCAAUCAGAACCCUUCCCUGCUCUUUGAUGAAUUGAAAAGCAACUUCCUCGAAGGUGAAAACGACAUCAAGGAUGAAGCACUAUUGAAUUUUCUACAACCUCUAGCUAGAAAGAAACUUAAUGGAGGAUCGUUGCUGAUCGACAUGAGACUUGUCAUAAUCGCCCUCCUCAUCAUUAAUUCUGGAAUUUCGUUCACUGUAGGUCUGUUUCAGCUCGCAGACAAAAAAUCUGGUAGUGGCGACGAGGCUGCUAGACGCCUUAACCAGUCUAGAAGAAUUACUGAAAUCGGCGAUAUCUUGAUAGACCUCGAGUAUGACGAUCGCUUCGAUGAAGACAUCCGCUACAUAUUCGAAUAUGAGUAUGACGACUCCGAAGCUGAUUGGCUGGAUGUUUCUGAAGAUGAAGUGCUUGCUCCUCAGGAUGAACAGGUAGUGGAUGGCGAAGUAGAUUUGGAAGGCAGACUGGCAAAAGACGUGAAAGAUAUUUCGUUGGCAGUCAGAGUGAAAGACCAAUCUGAUGUCAUCGAGUUUGAUGAACAAGGAAGAGAUUGGCGCGAUCUACCUCGAGGGGAAAAUGAGGUGUUUGCCGAUUGGUUCAUCAAGAAAGCAGAGGCUUUUGAAAAACUCGAAGAGAAAGAGAGACAAGACUCAGACGACUUCUUUUCAUCGUGGCAUGAACUCAAAAUGACCUUUGAAUUUUUGAAGACCAACUCUAUCGAAGGCGACACAGAAGCUGAAACGAGAAUGGGCCAAGUAGUCAUCAACACUAUUUCCAAGACUAUCAAAGACGAACUCGAUGGUAUUCAGGAUGCUCAAAUUACACCUGAUCAGAUUUACCAGUAUUUUUCCAAGCCUGCAACUGAGGCAGCAAUUCGAGUGACACAGGAAAACAACAAGCUUAUUAUCCCCAUCUUCAACAUUACCAAUUUUGAAUUGUUGUUGCAUAAUAACAGCAAGCUAGCCAGGUGUGCCAUGGAUGAAAUGUUGAUGUGUAGGGGCUAUCGAAGAGUGUUGAUCUGGUUUAUGACUCACAAUAUCAAUUUGUCUGCUUUACUUAUAGAUUAUGUCUUUGAGUUGUUAGCAGAGCUUAGAGGCAAUCAAAGUAGACAAACUCCAUACUUGUUUACUCGCCAAGGUGAAAAGUUGGUCUUCAGCGAAGUAGAGCAGCUGAUGUUGCUUCAUGAGUUCUUGACUAAUUGUAGCAUAUACUUGUCAGCCACGGAUGGAAUAGAGAUAGAUGAUGGAUACAAGGUUGUAUUGGCUGAGUCAAUUGCAAAGAAGUAUAUGUCUUUGCUCUGUCUCAUGGUCAACCAGCUUAUCAACAUCGGAAUUAUAGAUUUAUCCAUUCCUAAUGGAGAGGAUGAUGACAUCAAAAACUACAAGAACGAAUUGCAAGUGUUAUUGAUCAACUGGGUAGGAAAACUUCCUGAAGCCAGACAGUUAUUCUUCAAGAUCAAGAACUCCAGCAUUGAAGAAAAGCAGAAAGAAGAGCCCUCAACAACAGAAAGCACAGUCGGUUAUGUUUACGAUAAAAAAGAACAGGCAGAACUAUUUGAGUGGUUUGCACCGCGCUCCACUGCUGAAAUCAAUGAGGAGUUGGAAAGAGACAAACAUAAGUUAUUGAUCGUGGAAGAUUUCACCCAUCGCAUUGAGAGUCAUUUAUACAACAUCUUGGGUGUGGAAAAGAAGAGUAAGAUGCACUUGCUCGGUGGAUUGAAGCAGACAACAGAGGAUAUUCAGUUUUUCUUUCAGCAUUUCAAUACGCUCUGUAAGAUCGAGCUUGUAGCAGAAUCGCUAUUUGAAGAAUUUGAAAACAUUGUUUCUACAGGUCCUACUAAGGUUGUACAAGUUCCAACUGAUCAUACAGUAGAAAAUAAGAACGAAGCAUUUGAUGCGGAAUUCAAUUCUGAGUUUCUCAAUGGAGAAGGCGAGUUCAAGCCUCUGCCUGCCACAAGUUCAUCUUCAAAGAAGAAGAGCAAAAAGAAAAAGAAGGGAAAGAAGAGGUCAUGA